AUGAAGCGUGUUUUCACGCUGUCAGAAAAGUCCUGGUCUGGAUCAUGUUUGCAAUACAUGAAAACAGUAGGAAACUAUCUUGCCGUUGCAGGCCUUGACAAUUUUGUAAAAAUCUUUGAUAGGCAUGGACAGAAGGUUAAUGAGUUGAAUCUCCCUGGGAUUUGCCUAUCUCUUGACUGGGAUAAAGAUGGUGAUAUUGUGGCUGUGAUUGCUGAAAAGUCCAGUUCCAUUUACUUGUGGGAUGCAAAUAUUAACACAAUCUCACAGCUGGACAGUGGCAUGAGAGAUCAGAUGUCCUUUCUGCUCUGGUCUAAAACUGGACCACUAUUGGCUGUUGGCACAUCUAAAGGAAACCUGCUCAUCUACAACCAGCAAACGUCACGCAAGAUUCCUGUUCUGGGUAAGCACACAAAGAAGAACUGUGGCUGUUGGAGCUCUCAGAACCUCCUGGCGUUGGGCAGUGAAGACCGCAGCAUAACAAUCAGCAACCAUGAGGGAGACACCAUUCGACAGACCUCUGUGAGAGCAGAUCUUGCAGAUGUUCAGUUCUCAGUGAUGAAAACUGAGCGAUCAUCUCCAGGAGAAAGCACUGUUAGUGUGGCUUUAGGAAAGAAGACCCUGUUUCUGUUUAAUCUAAAUUACCCCGAUAACCCUAUAGAACUAGCCUUUCAGCAGCGUUACGGCAACAUCAUCUCCUACCGCUGGUAUGGGGAUGGCUAUAUCAUGAUUGGAUUUUCACAUGGCUACUUUGUAGUCAUUUCCACACAUAUCCGUGAAAUUGGCCAAGAGUUGUUUCAAGCCCACAAUCAUAAAGACAGCCUGACCAGCAUCGCCAUCUCACAGUCUCUAAACAAGGCUGCGUCCUGUGGGGACAACUGUAUUAAGAUACAUGACUUGACUGAUCUGAAGGAAAUGUAUGCUAUAGUCACUCUGGAUGAGGAGACCAAAGGCCUUGAUCAGAUGUGUUGGACUGAUGAUGGGCAGUUGUUAGUUGUAUCUUCUCAGCAGGGCACUUUGCAUGUCUUCCUCACCAAGCUGCCAAUAUUGGGAGACAGCAGUGGCACUAGAAUCGCCUUUCUUACAUCCCUGUUGGAGGUUACGGUCGCCAACCAGGUGGAAGGGGAAUCCCCCAUUGCUGUUGCAGUGGAGGUGGAGCCUAGUUUCAUAGCUGUGGGACCAUAUCAUGUUGCUGUGGGCAUGAAUAACAGAGCGUGGUUUUAUGCAUUAGGAGACAGUGGUGUGGAGCGUGUAAAAGACACUGAGUAUUUAGGAACAGUGGCCAGUAUGUCUCUGAACUGUGACUAUGCUGCUGCCUUGUUUGAGGGGAAGAUCCAGCUACACGUGAUUGAUGGAGAUGAGCAGGUUGUUCAGGAGGACAGACAGACGAAACUGUUUCCAGAAUCCGAUCAGAAAUACCGCAUCCUCAGUCAUGCUCUCACCUCUGAGUUUCUGUAUUAUGGGACGGACACUGGCUUGAUUCACUGUUUUUAUUUUGAAGACUGGCAGAGUGUUAAUGAGUAUCGCCACACAGUGGGUGUACGCAAAGUCUUUCCAGACCCCAAUGGAACACGUCUCAUUUUUAUUGAUGAAAAAAGUGACGGCUUCCUAUACUGUCCGGUGAACGAUUCAGUGUUUGAGAUCCCAGACUUCUCUCCUGCUAUUAAAGGGGUAUUGUGGGAAAACUGGAUCAGCAAUAAGGUUGUGUUUGUGGCGUAUGAGGAGGACAAAGUCUACACAUAUGCCUUCCACAAAGACACCAUACAGGGCUCUAAAGUGAUUCUAGUUGGUGCCACUAAGUUGCCAUUUUCUCAUAAGCCUUUGCUGUUGCAUAAUGGGGAGCUGACAUGUCAGACCCAGAAUGGGAAGAUUAAUAGUGUGGUUUUGAACACACAUUCAUUCCUCAACAACCCACACAGUGACACCAGAAAAGACAAACACCAGUCGUUACUGCAACAGGCCAUUAUGCUGAAAAGGUUUUCUGAUUCGUGGAAUAUCUGUAAAGCUCUGUACAGAACUGAGGCAUGGAGUGAGCUGGGAAGGGCAUGUCUGCAUCACAUGGAGGUGGAACUGGCCAUCAGAGUAUACCGCAUGAUGGGAAACGUCGGCAUGGUCAUGUCCCUAGAGGAUAUCAAGGGAAUUGAAGAUCAAAAUUUGCUGGCUGGUCAUUUGGCCAUGUUCUGCAAUGACUACAACCGAGCCCAGGACUUGUAUCUGACUUCUUCUUAUCCUAUGGCAGCUUUGGAGAUGAGAAGGGACCUGCAGCACUGGGACAGUGCGUUACAGCUGGCUAAAAGACUGGACCCUGAUGAGAUCCCAUUUAUUUCUAAAGAAUAUGCCAUACAGCUGGAAUUUGUUGGAGAUUAUACGAAUGCACUGGCUCACUAUGAGAAAGGCAUAACCGGAAACAACAAGUUCCAGGAUCAUGAUGAGAGCUGUCUGGCAGGAGUGGCUCGUAUGUCUAUUCGUAUGAGUGACAUUCGUAGAGGAGCUAACCAGGCCAUCAAACACCCCAGCAGAGCUCUGAAGAAAGACUGUGGAGCCAUUCUGGAAAGCAUGAAGCAAUAUUCUGAAGCGGCUCAGCUGUAUGAGAAAGGCCAGUACUAUGACAAAGCUGCCUCCGUCUACAUACGCUGCAAAAACUGGGCAAAAGUGGGUGAGCUCCUGCCCCAUGUGACUUCCCCAAAGAUUCACCUGCAGUAUGCUAAGGCAAAGGAGGUGGAUGGCAAAUAUAAAGAGGCAGCAAUGGCCUAUGAAAGUGCACGAGACUGGGACAGUGUAAUUCGAAUCCUACUGGGGCAUCUUAACAACCCUGAGGAGGCUGUACGCAUCGUACGAGAAACUCAGUCCAUUGAAGGAGCCAAAGUGGUGGCCAGGUUUUUCCUGCGUUUGAGUGAUUACGGCUCAGCGAUCCAGUUCCUGGUUUUGUCGCGUUGCAGUGAUGAAGCUUUUCAGCUCGCCCAGCAGCAUGGGCAGAUGGAGGUCUACGCUAACAUCAUCGGUUCAGAGGCUACAAUAGAGGACUAUCAGAGCAUAGCGCUGUAUUUUGAGGGGGAGAAGAAUCAUCUUCAGGCUGGGAAGUUCUUUCAGAAGUGUGGACAGUACAGCAGGGCGCUGAAGCACUUUUUGAAAUGUCCUAGCUCUGAUGACAGUUUGGCCAUAGAGAUGGCCAUUGAGUACAGCCGGGGAUCUCUUGCCGAUGCAAAAUAUCUGUUCCGGUUGUACAUGGCUCUCAAGCAGUACAGAGAGGCAGCAAGAACUGCUAUUAUUAUUGCCAGAGAGGAGCAAUCUGCAGGAAACUACAGGAAUGCCCAUGAUGUUUUGUUCAGCAUGUACGCUGAGCUUCAGACACAGCACAUUAAAAUCCCAGCAGAGAUGGCCACAAACCUGAUGAUCCUGCACAGCUACAUACUGGUGAAGAUCAAUGUUAAAAGAGGAGAUCAUUUAAAGGGUGCACGAAUGCUUAUCCGUGUGUCCAAUAACAUCAGCAAAUUCCCAUCCCACAUUGUCCCCAUCCUCACAUCAGCGGUUAUUGAAUGUCAUCGUGCUGGACUAAGGAACUCUGCCUUCAGUUUUGCCUCUAUGCUGAUGAGACCAGAGUAUCGUAACAAGAUUGAUCUCAAAUACAAGAAGAAGAUAGAGGCCAUGGUCCGGCAUCCAGAUACUUCUGAGGUGGAGGAGGAUAGCUCACCCUGUCCCUACUGCGGCUUCAGCCUGCCUGACUGUGAGCUGCUCUGUCCCGGCUGCAAAAACAAUCUGCCCUACUGUAUCGCCACAGGUCAUCACUUGGUCAAGGAGGACUGGUGUGUCUGCCCACACUGUGAUUUCCCUGCUUUCUAUUCGCAGUUCACUCAGCUCUUAGAGACUGAGUCGGUUUGCCCCAUGUGCUCUGAGACUUUAAAUAUCAGUGAGGUGAAAAAAGUUUCAGACUGCUCCAGAUAUCUGCAGCAGGACCAACUGGAGCGCUGAAAUCCAGAGAGCAAGAAAAGAGAAAUGAAAGGAUUUUUCCUGUUUACAGGAUUUUGAGAGGCCAGGACUGAUAUUCUUUUAUUGAAAAUGCAAAAAAUAUUUUUUAUUUAUUUAUCAAUAUUGUAGCAAUUUGCAAUCAUGUUAUAUUAAUCUUAAAAUACAGAAUAAAAAAUAAAAUAUGUAUGAGCUUUUUUGUACAUUGUAAUUGUUUGUACAUGUCUGUA